AUGGAUAAAGAAAAUAAUAGCUCAGAAGUAAAUAAUAUUGAUGUUUCAAAGAACCUUCAGACUGUAAAUUCAUCAGAAAAAGAGUUGCCGUCAAGUAUCAGCAAUGCUGCUACUGCUACUGUUAUUGCUAACACUAGUAAUACUGUGAAUACUGCUUCGCCUAUUACUCCUAUCCCUACUGUUACUGCUACUGCUACUACUGUUACAGACACCAAUACUACCACUUAUUCUACUUCCAACACUUCUCCUGUUACAGAAUAUAUUGACCAAGACUUUUUAAAAUUAACUCGAAUUUAUGAAAAAAGAAUACAUCAAUCAAACACUGGGCUCAAUUUUCACAGGAUCAUGAGCAGGGUUCAACCGAACGAGAAACAAGAUGCUAAUGUUCCCAAAGAUUUGCAACAAAGCAUCUCAAAGCUUGAACGUGAAACAGAUACAGAAAUACAGGAAUUACUCGAGUAUAAAUCAAGACAAGAGUUAACUGUUCAGCAAGUACUCGACAAUUUAGAUAAGGACAUUCAAAGGAGUGAAGCUGAACUUAAACAGCAAUAUCACGCUUUGAUAGACCUUGAAAACAAACUGAAGGGUGUAAAUAGGCAGUAUGAACUAGAAGACACGAUAGAUCAAGAGCUUCAAGCACUCACAGGCUCAAUAAAGUCACUCGCAGGCACGUUUCAGACAGCUGAUAAUCCAUUCUUGCGUAUAAGCAAUAUUGUGUUUGGACAGAUCAUAUUCCUACCUUCAGCUCAUUUUGGAAAGAGUGUCAAUGUCAUCAACCAACUCUUUUUGGAAGCAGAUAAACCAGAAUGGAAGAUAUUGUUGGAUAAGCAAAUGGCUAAAUGCUAUGAAAAGGAGAUUGGCUGUUCAGAAGAAGUUAUUCAGGAGUUUAAAGGAUUAUUUCUAAAGGCAGGCCUCGUCUGUCAAUCAAAACCACAGGAUGAUUUGAUACGUGAUUGCAUUACAAAGGCCUAUAGACUAAGACGAUUUGCAGUAGUUCGAUACCCAGGUUUUUUGGAUAGAGCAAGAGCUCAUUAUGAAGGCAAGAUGAAGAAGCCACGUAGUAUAGAAAGCUCAAAAGGGCAAUCUUCAUGGGUACAAGAAGGCAUUCGGAAGUUUAAAAAGCUGACAGAGAACAGACACUCGGUUCAUGAAUAA